ACCGAUGACGGGCCACCCACCCCCUCUGCGCGCCCCUCCCCUCCGCGGCUGGCGCCUCCCAGCCCCGGCACCUCCCGCCCAGAUCCGAGGGCGCCGGGGUCAGCGCCUCUGCAGAGGCGGGUCCGGGGGUGCAUGUUCGGGGGAAGGUUGCAGCUGCUGCACGUGCUGACCGGGUGCGCUCGCGUGCUUAGAGCCUCCCUCUUCUGAGCAAACAGCUCCCCAUCUGCAAGGAGCCAGUUCGGCCGGCCGCUGCCUCAAAUGCGCCCCAAGUGCGCCACGUGCGCUCUCUGACCCAGGAAGGAAGCCCCUCGGCUCCCCAAAGAGCCAGGCGCGCCCCGUUCACUCACUCCACCCUCCCUGCAAAUAUUAUUUUGGGUGUCUGUAUGUGGGAUGCCCACUAAGAGUGUGCGCAGAGGCAGCCGGUGCUCGCUCCCGCGCUCGUGCGGUCACCGUCCCCGGGAGCACCACUCCGCGCCGGGAGGACCGCGCUCUUCCCGCCCGGCCCGGGCCUCGGCCGGCUGGAGAUUGGUUGCGGAGGAGCGGCCCCGCCCCGCGCCCCACGGGUCUCGGAGGAGGCGGAGCGCGUAGGCAGAAGGCGCGAAGGCUCUCUGUCGCGGCUGCGAGGUGGGUGCUCCUGGCCGAGAAAGGAGAUCCUGUUGCAAGAAACUGCAGCAUGUCUUGGAGCAGCAGUGACUUCCGACCCUCUGCUAAACUGUUCGGGAAGAAUGGAGUGUUGGAGGAGCAGAAAUCGCCCAGAGUCAAGAAAAGAGAGACAGAGGUGUAUAUUGGCAAUCUUCCUCUGGAUAUCUCUGAGGAGGAAAUUCGGUACCUUCUAAAGGACUUCAGCCCGCUUCAUGUCCACAAAAUCCAGAACGGCUGCAGAUGCUUCGCGUUUGUGGAUCUGGGCUCCAUGCAGAAAGUGGCGCUUGCGAUCCAGGAGCUGAAUGGGAAGCUCUUCCACAAACGAAAACUAUUUGUGAAUUCAAACAGAAGGUCUCCCAAGAGGACCCCUGACACGGCUGAGCGGCCUCAGGAGCUGCCGGUUUUGGAGAUGGCUUCUGGUCAAGGAUUUGCCAAAACCGCUGCUUGUGCACAGCUCACUCCUAAAGCUUCUGGUGACCCUGGAGAGACAGAGAAACUGAGGACAACCUUCUUUGCAGUUCCCAUGGAAAUGAGAGGGUCCUUCCUGGUGCUGCUCCUGAGGGAGUGCUUCCGAGACCUGUGCUGGCUGGCCACCAUCCACAACAUUGGCGGGGAGGUGGGGCUGCUGGUGACCAGUAUCGUCCCGCAGACCCCAUUCUUCUGGGCCAUGCACGUCACUGAGACUCUGCACCAGAACAUGCAGGCGCUAUUCAGCACCCUGGCCAAGGCAGAGGAGCAGCAGCCCUUCCUGCAGGACUCGGCCGUGCAGCGUGGGACCCGCUGUCUGGCAGAGUACCACCUGGGGCAUUACGGGUGGGCCUGGAACAGAUGCUGGGUGCUGGACCGGGUGGACGCCUGGGCUGUGGUCAUGUUCAUCGAUUUUGGCCGGUCGGCCACCAUCCCAGUGCAGUCACUGCGCAGCCUGGAUAGCGACGACUUCUGGACCAUCCCCCCUCUGACCCAGCCAUUCAUGCUGGAGAAAGACAUUUUGAGUUCGUAUCAGGUUAUCCAUCGCAUCCUCAAAGGGAAGAUCACUGGUGCUUUGAACUUGGAGUCGCACAUCCUAAAGUUUGAAGAGUUUAAAUAACGUGGCUACCAUCAGUGUGUUCUCUCCCCUGUCCAGGUUCUGCCUGCUCUGCCCUCUCGUACCCCUUUCACUCUUGAGGCCUUGGAGGUGAACAGGCCACACUGGUGCCCAGGAUUAAUUUGAUUCCCGUUUGCCUUUACCCCCAGCUCACCUCUCAAAAAAGAGAGUAAAGUCUCAAUUUGUCAUGUUUUCAGUUCCCCAACUCAGCAUGAACAUUUGAACUAAACGUAGGAAGCUUCCAUGAGGUUGAAAGCCUGAGGGGGCCAGUGUAUUCUUUCCUGUGUCUCUUCUUUGCACUCUAAAGCAUGAUAUAAAUUGCCCUAACAGAUUCUGGAGAAGGAAGGGGCCCACUUCUUAAUUUUUCUGGCAUUCCAUUGUAGAAUCAGGUGGGGAGCAUUUAACCAAUGAGCCGUCACCUUGAUGAAUAAACGUUGGCAUGUUUCACA